AUGCACGACGGCGACAAGAAGGCCGUGGAGAUCCAGGAAGGCAAAGUGACCAUCCGACCUAGUGGAAACAAUCAGACCUGGGUUGUCAAUGCCGAUUUGGACGACCGUUGCACUGCCGAAGUGGACUUCAACGUGCCAGGCAAACCGUCUCCGCCGCCGGUGCCUUUGGAGCUGAAGCUCUGGCAACUUCAAUCCAGCAGCUCUCAGAAAACAUCUUUCGAGUUUUCGGAUCCCAGCGGGAUGCUUGCACCACCGGGUAUCCCAUUGAACGCCUGGUUGGCAAUACCUUCCACGCAGAGUGCCCUUCUUUUCUAG